AUGGGUAUCUCACGCGACUCCCGCCACAAGCGAUCCGCUUCCGGUGCCAAGCGCGCCUACUACCGGAAGAAGCGCGCUUUCGAAGCUGGUCGCCAGGGUGCCAACACCCGUAUUGGCCCCAAGCGCGUCCACACCAUCCGCACCCGCGGUGGUAACCACAAGUACCGUGCCCUCCGCCUCGACUCCGGCAACUUCGCCUGGGCCUCCGAGGGCUGCACCCGCAAGACCCGCGUCAUCGCCGUCGCCUACCACCCCUCCAACAACGAGCUCGUCCGCACCAACACCCUGACCCGCUCCGCCGUCGUCCAGAUCGACGCCGCCCCCUUCCGCCAGUGGUACGAGGCCCACUACGGCCAGAGCAUCGGUCGCAGACGCCAGAAGGCCCAGGGCAAGGACGCCGAGGAGGUCAAGAAGAGCAACUCGGUCGAGAAGAAGCAGGCCGCCCGCUACGCCUCCCAGGGCAAGGUCGAGAACGCCGUCGAGAAGCAGUUCGAGGCCGGUCGUCUUUACGCCGUCGUCUCCAGCCGUCCCGGCCAGUCCGGCCGUGUCGACGGUUACAUCCUCGAGGGUGAGGAGCUCGCCUUCUACCAGCGCAAGCUUCACAAAUAA